CGUUGUGGUUCGGUUUUGUUUGCCAGUGCGCAGUGUGUUAUUUGUUGUUGUGCUUAGUGAAUGUUUGAAAAAUCGGCUUUAGAUUUGUGGAAUCUAGAAUGCGAUCGCGUAGGAAUAGCGACAUUCUGCAAGGAUCUCGAUUACGCUCUCGGAAGCGGCAUACCGCAGGGGAUGAUCACAGAGCUUUGCGGUCCUCCCGGUAGCGGAAAGACACAGCUGUGCCUGCAACUUGCAGUGAAUGUACAAAUACCGCGUACGUUAGGUGGCGUCGAGGGUCGUGUUGCCUACUUGGAUACGAACUACGGGUUUUCGCCUCAACGGGUCAAAGAAAUAUCCCAUGGUUGUUAUGAACACUUCAGCAAACUUAUUCGAUUACGAAAACAACACGAAGCGGAUAGGUUGGACAGUUUCCUGCCAGACAGUAUCCUAGGCAACAUACUUUACACACAUGUGACGACCUAUACUCACGUGCUGGAAGCUAUUGCUGUGAUUCAAAACAAACUGCACAAUGGGGAUAAGAUACGUUUAGUUGUCAUUGAUUCGCUUUCCUUUCUGAUACGCAAUACCAUCAAUCGUACACUUGAGCGCGUGAGAUGUCUGCAUGAAAUACUUACCCAGCUGCAUAAACUUGCCCAUCGGUUCGGAUGUGCGGUUGUAAUUACGAACGAUGUGACCACACAAUUGACUGCGGAUACAGGCAGCUCUGACCGGACGACGGAGUCACUGAUCGUGCCAGCGCUAGGUGGAAGCCACAGCCACAAAAUUAAUCAACGAAUCGUACUGGGAAAGGACGAUUGCGAAUCCAGUCAGCAAGACACGUACGUAGCAUUGAUAGACAAAUGUCACUUUACGCCUAAGAUUUCAAUUGCAUUCCGCAUAGAAACCGGCGGGAUUCGGAGUGUUAAGCGCAAAAAGUAGGAUUGGCAGGAGGUUAAGAGAAAUGUAGCGGAAGGAUACCACUUUUAUUAUUAGCAAACGACAGUACAAACUAGGAUCAAACUUCGGGCGACGGGUAAAAGAGACAACGGUGGUGUCAUGAAUGCUACCCGUGAAUGCUUGUGAAGGGAACUUACAUUCGAUAACAAUUGGUGUCGGUGAACUGGGGAUGCCAGUAGAUCAGGCUCAAUAGGCAGUGAGAGUGACCAGCACGUCACGAUAGUCACCACUAAGAUCAUCCUGAAAGGAGGAAAAGUUUCCAGAUUUAACCGCACAAGCAGACAAAGGCAGGACGGGAAGGUUUUUGGUUUAGUUCGUAGAGGCGUGUGGGGUAGGAUUGAUAUUUUGUGCUGUUUUAUUUUUAAUCUUUGACAAGCUGAGAAAGCACGAGGAUGAAACUUCAUAAACUUUGCUUUAUAUACGGGGUA